UCUGUACUGUCAGUGCAGAGCCCGAUGCAGGGCUCAAUCCCACAAACCUUGAGAUCAUGACCUGAGCCAGAAUCAAGAGUUGGACACUUAACCAACUGAGCCGCCCAGGCAUCCCUUGAAAGAAAAUGUCAUUCGGCUUCUUGUUCUCUCAUCAGCUAAUCAACCUGCCAGUUCAAGGAUCCUCCAUUGUAGCUCCUAGAAUAUUUUUCUCCACAUAUAUCUGUCAGUUUCUUCUCCCAGAUAGUGAGUACUUUUAAGUUAGCAUUUGGUUUAUUAGACAUCAUCCUCUGGCUCCCACACAGUGCAGGCACAUAGGAAGCACCUGAAACAGUUUGCUGAGUGACACCUUUGAGGAGGCUUCUCCAAGUCUGAGUCUUUGCAGUUGCUUUAUUUGCCUGGGUCAAAAAGAUGCAUGCCCAAAUAUAAACCAGGGUUAACUAUUCCAGGGGCACCAGGGAUCUUGGGUAGAAAACUUGAAGAGUCCAAAGAAAUGUUUCAAAAUAAUUCUUCAGCACUCAAAAAGAAGGGGAUCCCAAGUCUAAUUUUGUCUGAAUGUCUGCUGUUUCAAAGUCAAUAUGUAUUUUUAUUUUAUUAAUGCAAGUAUUUGAAUAGCUAAGUCAGUCACAGUGUGCAAAAAUAUAGUUGAAGGGUAUAUAAUUAAAAGUUUCCUCUCCACCCAGAGAACCUUACACCCACAGGGCACUGUCCUACAGAUUAUGACGGCAAUGCUCCAUCCUGAAUUGGUACCUCGACUGCUGGAUUCCCAAGCCUUCCUCUACCAGCUAUACAGUCUUCCUCCUCAGAGGCAACAAGUAUUACCAGAUUCUUGUAUUUCCUUCAAGAGACAGGCUAUAGGUACAAGUACAUGAGGUGAUAAAUGUAUAUACUGCAUUUUCCAAGAAUGCUUUUAGUGAGCAGAAUCAACAGAAAAAUCAACAUGAAGCAGGGCAAUGAGAAGACCUUGAACUAAAAAGCGUGAGGGGAAAACUGGUAUCCAGGAUCAAAAGCGAUCACUCAUCAGAAGAUGGAAAUAGAGCAGGAUUUUUUUCCACAUAAAAAUAAAAAGAAAAGGUGAAAUCAAAGACCCCUCUGCCCAUUAGGAUAGGCAUUUCCACGAGACUAAUGGGCAUUUGCCCAGAGAAUCAUGGGGGAACUUGCAAUUGUGGAAAAACUGAGAGAAAUUCUUAUGCCCCUCCUUUCUAGGAUAUUGUUUGUUAGAACGUGGGCAUGUUCUACUCUAUGGUGACACAUACCCUCUGCAGCAUUUGAUCAAUGGGCAUUUCCAGAGCCCUCUCAAAUUCAUUCAUAUUAUUUCAGUGUCACCUUCCAGGUCAAAGGAAUACGGUGCACAUAGGCUAAGGAUGGCAUAACAGGAUGAAGCAAGGGGGGGCCAUGCUUUCUGAAAAGCAAAACUCUAGUCAUUGCUACACCUUAGCUAAACCACCUUCCUCACCACAGUUGUUCUUGGCAGCUUAUUGAUGUGAAGUUGACCUGGGCUGGACUUAGGCCAGGGCAAGUCAACCAGUUAUUGCUUCUUUCAGGUAACAUCAAAAUUCUGCUUGGAAUCAGGGAAGAAGAGCAAGCUAGAGCAUGGGACUUGUCUGAUAAAUUCCCACACAAUCGCUGGAUCCCAACAAUAGAUAAGGAAAAUUGCCAAGGAUGCAGAAGGAAAUGAAGAUGAUCAAAGAUGAGGAUGUGCAUUUCAAUCUGGGUGUGAAGAGAGCCCCCUCCUUUCCCCACUGCCUGCAGCCAGUGGUUUCCCGAGGGAAGGCUCCCCAAAGACACCCCUUCCCAGAAGCUCUCCGGGGGCCUUUUUCCCAGUUUCGAUAUGAACCUCCUCCAGGACACCUAGAUGGAUUCCCCGGGGUCUUUGAAGGAGGAGGGUCUCGGAAACGGAAGAGCAUGCCCACCAAGAUGCCCUACAGCCACCCUGCGGAAGAGGCCCCUCUCGCCCUCCACUCCGAGGAGAGCAAAAACCACGGCCCUCCGAACCUCUCCCUGCUCUUUCCGCAGCCCCCGCGCCCCAAGUAUGACUCGCAAAUGAUCGACCUGUGCAACGUGGGCUUCCAGUUCUACCGCACCCUGGAACACUUGGGGGGCAAGCCGGUCAAGCAGGAGCCCGUGAAGCCCAGCGCCGUGUGGCCCCAGCCGACGCCCCCUCCGUUCCUGCCCGCGCCCUACCCCUACUACCCCAAGGUCCCCCCAGGCCUCAUGUUCCCCUUCUUCAUGCCCUCGGCCUCCCCCUUCCCCUUCAGCCGGCACACCUUCCUGCCCAAGCAGCCCCCGGAAGCGCUGCUGCCGCGCAAGGCCGAGCCUCAGGAGAGCGAGGAGGCCAAGCAGAAGGUGGAGCGGGUGGACGUGAACGUGCGCAUCGACGACAGUUACUACGUGGACGUGGGCGGGGCGCAGAAGCGCUGGCAGUGCCCCACCUGCGAGAAGUCCUACACCUCCAAGUACAACCUGGUGACCCACAUCCUGGGCCACAGCGGGAUCAAGCCGCACGCGUGCACCCGCUGCGGGAAGCUCUUCAAGCAGCUCAGCCACCUGCACACCCACAUGCUCACCCACCAGGGCACGCGGCCCCACAAGUGCCAGGUGUGCCACAAGGCCUUCACGCAGACCAGCCACCUGAAGCGCCACAUGAUGCAGCACAGCGAGGUGAAGCCGCACAACUGCCGCGUGUGCGGCCGGGGCUUUGCCUACCCCAGCGAGCUCAAGGCCCACGAGGCCAAGCACGCCAGCGGGCGCGAGAACAUCUGUGUGGAGUGCGGCCUCGACUUCCCCACCUUGGCCCAGCUCAAGAGGCACCUCACCACUCACCGGGGCCCCAUCCAGUACAGCUGCUCCGAGUGCGACAAGACCUUCCAGUACCCGAGCCAGCUGCAGAACCACAUGAUGAAGCACAAGGACAUCCGGCCCUACAUCUGCUCCGAGUGCGGCAUGGAGUUCGUGCAGCCCCACCACCUCAAGCAGCACUCCCUCACUCACAAGGGUGUGAAGGAACACAAAUGUGGGAUUUGCGGGCGGGAGUUCACUCUGUUGGCCAACAUGAAGAGACACGUGCUGAUUCAUACCAACAUCCGCGCCUACCAGUGUCACCUGUGCUACAAGAGUUUUGUGCAGAAACAGACCCUCAAGGCACACAUGAUCGUUCAUUCUGACGUGAAGCCUUUCAAAUGCAAGCUGUGUGGGAAGGAAUUCAACCGGAUGCACAACCUAAUGGGCCACAUGCACCUGCACUCCGACAGCAAACCCUUCAAGUGUCUCUACUGCCCAAGCAAAUUCACCCUAAAGGGGAACCUGACACGCCACAUGAAAGUCAAGCAUGGAGUCAUGGAGCGGGGCCUCCAUUCUCAAGGUUUUGGAAGGGGGCGAAUCGCCCUGGCGCAGACGGCAGGAGUGCUGAGGGGUCUGGAGCAGGAGGAGCCCUUUGACCUUUCCCAGAAGCGUGGAGUGAAGGGGCCAGCGUUCCAGUCAGAUGGGGAGAGUGCCCGGGGCAGCUCCUGCCAUGAGGAAGAGGAGGAGGACAAUAGCUAUGAAGUGGGUGGAGACAGCCCCGGCCUGGACCCCCAACCCAGGCAGCCCUGCACCCCCCACGAUCUCACCACCCAGCCCGAGCAGGCUCCCAGGGUGCUUGAGGACACCUGUGAGGAGGAAAAGGAGGACAAGCCAAACAGAGAGCACCAGGAGAGGAGCAAGGACAGCCUGGGGGCAGAGGGCAGCCUGGAGAGAGAAUCUGCCCACAAGGAAGAGUGUCUCCGUCUCAGGGCUCUGCAGAGUGCUCGGAGGGGCCCCUCCUUUUCUGAUUACCUGUACUUCAAGCACAGAGAUGAGAGUUUAAAGGAAUUACUGGAGAGGAAAAUGGAAAAACAAGCAGUGCUUUUAGGUAUCUAAGUGGACAGCUCUAAAAUUACAUUUGGAAAAUGAGAAUAGGCAGUUCAAAUAUAGCUUUCUGCACGAGCUGUCAUUUGCUGGAGACUGGCAAAUGGCGCAGAUCUUUACAAAUGGCCUGGACUAAACGAGCAGGGAUUGUCCUCACUAAUACAAAUGCUUCUCAGGUCAUUCCUUGGGCCCUUGAUUUUUAACGUGCAUGCGGGGGCUUCUUCAGUGCUAUUUCAUGCUUCUCCAGUAUAAUAAGCUGUACAUAUUCUAGAUACCUAAUUCUAAGCAGAUGCUGAGGUGCUUUUAGAAAUUGUUUUCCUUUGACUAAUACAUAAUACAUGGUAGAUUUCUUUUUAGUUGCAAAAAUAUGGUGCUUGACAUGUUACCUUAUUAAUGAUGAUUUAGUUGAAUGUGUGGAAGUUAUAAUAUUUUUCCAGAUAGAUGAAAAUAUUAGUAGUUGUAUAUAUAAAAAUCACCUUUAUUGAAUCAUCCACAAUGCCAAAAAUGACAAAGGAGGGUGAGGUAUUGAAGAGAAUAUUCUCAAGUAGUUUCCGCAUGUUUAAGAAAACAGGAAUAAUUUUAACUAAUGAAAACCCAGCAGAACUUAGAUCCUUGCCUGGGUCUGCCUUGUUCUGCAGCAGCUUCCGUCACCAGGUAUGGCUUGUGGCGCGCAUUUUCAGAUGGUCUCCAAAGUGGUCAGUGUGUCCCAGCUCACCCCUUGUGUCCUGAGCAGAGCCCCCUCCUGGAGACCUUGCUCUGAGGCCUCAUGCCCCACAAGGCAGCCGCAGGAAGCCUUAGGCGCAGUGGGUUUCUUCUCAGUGCCAGACCAGGGAUGUGGGGAGGAAUUCUUGAAAUCUGAUCACUGCUUAUUUAGAGUAUUAUGCUAACCAUCAGGUAGUUACUGGUAAGCAGAUUCUGGGCUGUGUUCUCAAAGCUGCCUGCAUAUCAGAAUCAUCUAGGGGAACCUUAAAAAAUAAUACCAAGGCUGAGCCUCAGCUGCUGAGAGUCUGAUUUCAUUGGUCUAGUGGAGCCCCAAUAUGGGUAUUUGUUUAAAAGUUUCCCCCAGAGGAUUCUUCUGUGCAGCCAGGGUUGAGAAAGAUGGACGAGGUUAAAAUGGUGGCUCCCAAGACUCCUCCCAGGGACUCCAUAAAUAUUUGUUUCUGCCUUCAGAUUCAUUAAAAUGUGGAGUAGGAGACCUUGAAAUCAUCCUGCUGAUUUAGGGCUUCUCACCUGUUCUGUAAGAGCCUCUUGACAUGAACACGCACACACACAUGCACACACACAACACACACACACGUACUCUUGUAUAAUCACACAAUUUUGUACUAGAAGAUGAUGCCUGUGAUGUUUAUGGUCACUUAAUAAGUCUAAAAAUACACAGCCCGCCUACAGUGACUAAUUAUUUCUUCCUAGAUGCUUGAAUCGUGAUUCUAGUCAGGGGUGAAGACUACCGUGGGUGGCUUGAGCCCAGCAGUAGGCUUUCCUUAGGCAUGGGUGCCGAAUAAAGCAGUGCCUACAGGAUGUCGCAUACCUGUGACUAGCCGUAAGCAGUAACCCUCUGGUACUGUGUCUGUGUUUAUGUAAAAACUGCCUCUUGGUUGGUAGUCUCAACUCUUAUUCGUAGAGGUAGGUACUGUUUAUUACUUUGCUUUCUCUUCUCCUAAAGUUCCCAGUACAUUUCUUUAGACCACCUGGCCCAUCUCUGACUGCUGGAUGUGGCUUUUUCUUUUGGCCAAGGUGCUUCCCCCUCAGCCGCAUCUACUUCGAAUCAUCCACCCGUGGGCUUUGUCAAUCUUGACACAUUUCUCCUGCUACCUUGCUUAAAGCUCUUUCUUUCAGCCUCACCACCAUGACAAAGUGCCAAAGCUGCCUGGGUUUCCUACUGCCACCCAUGCCCUGAGGUCAAGCACCUGCAAAGGGGAUGGUGAGUGGAAUAGUGUGGGUUUCUGUGGUGCAAGCACAGCUCUGUGCCAGGAAACUCUUCCAAGUCUUCAGAGGGGCAACUUGCCUUCCGUUCAUUUUGAAUAUCGCUCAUUAGUGCCUCUGAUGACAUCACUCACAAGGCUGGCAGCAUGGUCUGUGAGGCCUCCAGCUCUUGGGGUCCUGUUACGUGUUCAUUCUUUCAGUAGCCCUGUGUCAAAGACAUACUGUAAGGGCUGCAGACUUCCGGUUCAUUCUGGGUAUGGAACAGGAACAGGCUGGAACAGGAACCAGGAAAUCCAGAAUAGCAAACUCUAGUCUUUUCCAACCAAAUGAAUCAUGUGGGUAUGUUUGAGGAACAAGUUCAUGUUGAGAUGGAGAGAGCAUGGUCUAGAAUGGAGGUUUCCAAAUUGUGGAUCGAGGAGUCAGAGGUCCCUCUUGGGUCCCUCCAGAGCUGCCAGGGAAGAAGGAGAGACUCUCAGCCCUCAUUCCCACUUCACUCAAAGUGGUUCAAAUUUCAUUUGUUUUUCAUGUUAGCCUUCCAAGUAAAAUUUCAUUUUGAGGGAGAAAAAAAUAUCUAAGGAAAGUAAUUUAAAAAGUGUCAUGAAGUAUAUUAUAAAGCCUGUUUUUAGUUCUUAACUCUGGGUAUGAGAGACUUAAUUAGAUCUAGCCUGAGGGUAAAUAUACACUGACUCUGUGAGAAAUGUGGCCAAAAUCUUGGUAUUGUAUGUUGUUGAGUGACCAACAUCCUGGUUUACCUGGAACAACCCUGGUUUAUAGCUUUGUCCCAGAGUAAUUACUAAGAGUGUCACUUUAACUCUCAAAAGUAUCCCAGUUUGGGUGCCUGGGUGGCUCAGUUGGUUGAAUGUCUGAGUCGUGGUUUUGGCUCAGGUCAUGAUUUUGAGGUUCAUGAGACUGAGCCCUGAGUCAGGCUCCGCAUUGACUGUGCAGAGCCUGCUUAGGAUUCUCUCUCACUCUCUCUCUCUCUCUCUCAAUAAACAAGUACACUUAAAAACUAAACAGGAUCCUAAGGGUGUCUGAGUGGCUCAGUCAGUUAAGCAUUGAGCUCUUGAUUUUGGCUCAGGUUGUGAUCUCAUGGUUUGGGAGUUGGAGCCCGCAUCAGGCUCUGUGCUGACAGUGCCCAGUCUCCUUGGGUUUCUGUCUCCCUCUCUCUCUGACUUUCCCCCACUUGCUCUCUAGCUCUCUCUCAAAAUAAAUACAAAUAAAAUUUAAAAAAAAGUAUCCCAGUUUGGGUGACCAAUUAUAUGGACACCCUGUGCCUAAGUGCAGAGCUAAGGGAAGAGUUGGCCAAACUUGCCUGAUGAGCUAAUUAGCCAGAAUGCACACCUGAAGGAGAGCCCAUGGGGAUCAUCUAGAGAGAAUUAAGGAUAAAACCAUCCAAGGUUACCAGCACUCUAAGGGCCAGGACAGCAUGGCAUUCAUCUCCUUGUGACACUCUGAAAAUAGGUCACUACCAAAUGCUUUCCAGGCUUUUGACCAUUGUCACUCUGAAACAGCCAACUGACCAGCCAAGAGGCAUAUUUUUCUUUUAUCCUUUUUAUUCAGGCCUAUAAUUACCCCCCUCUGUUUGCCUUCUAAUUCCUCUUUCAUUCUUUCUUUUUAAAAAUUUGACUCCCUAUUGGCCAUGAGACUGAGGCUGACCUUCCAUAACCCCACAAGGGUAUCUGGUAUAUUUGUAUAUGAGUAGCUGCAUGAGAAAGCCCAAUGUGCAUACUGUAUUUAUUAAGCCCUAAAGGCGUUUAAUAAAAUAUUAACAUCGCGUUUUGAAUCAUGAUCUUUGUCUGCUUUGCUGGAACAAAAUGUAACAGAGCUAACAUUUAAAAUCCUUCACAUAUUUGGACAACAUUACACCAAAUGUUGAUUUUGUACAGAAUUCUGGCUUGCUAUUUAAAAACUAAAACUCCAAAUGUGUAGCAACCCAAGUUGUGAAUAUCGCUUUCUGCUUCAGUGAUAAAGCAGUUUACCUGAAAAUAGCAUGUAACCUAUGUUUUGUUAAUUUAAGCAAAAUAAAGACUUGUUGAAAAGGC